AUGUGUUGUGAGCUGCUAUUUAUAGUGCAAGAGUCAGCAGCUCUCAUGCAUCUGCCACAAUUUCAAUCGUUAAUCAAUCGUUUUCAGGAGCCUCCAAUUAUUCCUGUGACGUUCUUGACUGCCAAGUCGUUUGCCAAGCUGCAGGGUUAUGAGGGGAUGAACUCCCUGAAUGUGUCUUUCUCCUUCAGAACUUACGAGGAAGAUGGACUUUUGCUGUACCACAAGUUUACGUCCAAGGGAUUUGUGAAGUUGUACUUGGAGAAAGGUAAGAUCAAAGUGGAGAUAGUGUCGGACAACGGACCCAAGGCGAUCCUGGAUAACUACAAUGAGAGGUUCAAUGACGGACGGUGGCACACGGCUAUGUUGACGAUCUCCACCAACACUCUGGUUCUGACUGUGGACAACCGGCCAAUGAGAACUACCAGGCUACUCAACAUGCAAACUGGAUCUGUCUACAUGAUUGGAGGCGGAGUUUAUGGAGUUCCUGGGUUCGUCGGUUGUAUGAGACUCAUCAGCAUUGACGGCAACUACAAACUGCCCACUGACUGGAAAGAAGACGAAUACUGCUGCAAGGGCGAAGUAGUGUUUGACACCUGUCAGAUGUUGGACCGUUGCAACCCCAACCCAUGUCAACACGGAGGUGUUUGUCAUCAGAGUUCAUCGGAGUUCAACUGCGACUGCUCCGGCACUGGGUACUCUGGUGCUGUGUGCCACACUUCUUUGAACCCGUUGUCGUGCGAGGCAUAUAAGAACGCAGCUGCUGUAGGACAGAGAGCCCAUGUGAAGAUAGAUGUUGACGGAAGCGGCCCACUCAAACCCUUCCCUGUCACCUGCGAGUACUAUGCUGACGGCCGCAUAGUGACUAUGCUACAUCACAGCAAUGAAGACGAGACCCCAGUAGACGGCUUCCAGGAGCCGGGCAGCUUCAUGCAGAACAUUGUGUACGACGCCAAUGCCGACCAGAUUGAAGCCCUCAUCAACAGAUCUUCAUCGUGUUGGCAACGCAUUUCCUACACCUGCAGGAACUCUCGUCUGUUUAACUCUCCCUCUUCUCCAGAUCAGCUGUUCCAGCCGUUCUCAUGGUGGGUGAGUCGUCAUAAUCAGAAGAUGGACUACUGGGGAGGAAGUAUCCCAGGCUCUCGCAAAUGUUACUGUGGCAUCAUGGGAGAGUGUCAGGACAAAACAAAAUGGUGCAACUGUGAUUCUGGCUUAGACACUUGGCUGGAAGAUGGAGGAGAUAUAACGGAGAAGGAACAUUUGCCUGUUCGUCAGGUCAGGUUUGGGGACACUGGAAGUCCAUUGGACGAGAAAGCUGGGAAAUACAGACUCGGACCCCUACUCUGUGAAGGAGAUGAUUUGUUCAACAACGUCGUCACUUUCCGUAUCACUGAUGCUACGAUCGACCUGCCGACCUUUGACAUGGGACAUAAUGGAGACAUUUACUUUGAGUUCAGAACAACAGUUCAAAAUGCAGUCAUUCUUCACAGUAAGGGUCCAACUGACUUCAUCAAAGUCUCGAUAUUAGGUGGAGACACUCUUCAGUUCACAUAUCAAGCCGGCAGUGGUCCCCUGGGAGUAAGUGUGGAGACGUCCCACAAACUUGCCGACAACAACUGGCAUUCUGUGUCCAUCGAGAGGAACAGGAAAGAAGCUCGUAUUGUAUUGGACGGAGCUCUCAAGGCAGAAGUAAGGGAACCCCCAGGUCCUGUGCGAGCUCUUCAUUUGGACUCGCCGUUAGUUCUAGGAGCCACAACAGACUACAGAGAUGGCUUCACAGGCUGUAUCAGAGCUCUGCUUCUCAACGGCCGACACGUGGACCUCAUGUCAUACGCCAAGAAGGGACUGUAUGGAGUGAUGCCUGGAUGUGUGGGAAAGUGUGAGUCUAAUCCUUGUCUCAACAACGGAACAUGUCACGAGAAGUACGAUGGGUAUUGGUGCGACUGCCGAUGGACUGCAUUCAAGGGGCCGAUCUGUGCUGAUGAAAUCGGAGUUAACAUGCGUCCCAGUUCCAUCAUCAAAUACGACUUCAUGGGAAGUUGGAGAUCAACUAUUGCAGAGAACAUUCGUGUCGGGUUUACCACAACCAACCCCAAGGGCUUCCUUCUGGGCUUCUUCUCCAACAUCACUGGAGAGUAUUUGACCAUCAUGAUAUCCAACAGCGGCCAUUUGAGGGUUGUGUUUGACUUUGGUUUCGAACGUCAAGAGCUGAUUUUCCCCAAUAAACAUUUCGGUCUGGGACAGUAUCACGAUGUGAGAAUAUCCAGGAAGAAUUCUGGGGCUACAUUGCUGAUGCAGGUGGACAGCUACGAGCCGAAAGAGUUCCACUUCAACAUCAAAGCAUCGGCAGACGCUCAGUUCAACAAUAUUCAGACAAUGUACAUCGGCCGCAACGAGAGUAUGACUGAGGGAUUUACAGGAUGUAUCUCACGAGUGGAGUUCGACGACAUUUAUCCUCUCAAACUGCUGUUCCAGGAAGAUGGGCCUCCUAAUGUCCGUUCCCUUGGAUCCCCUCUAACGGAAGAUUUCUGUGGUGUGGAACCUGUUACACAUCCCCCUGAUAUGAAGGAAACUCGACCUCCUCCAACCAUUGACCAGGACAAACUAGAGGCAGCGUACAACCGCACCAACUCUGCCAUCCUGGGUGGAGUGUUAGCCAUCAUAUUCCUCGCUCUGGUGAUCAUCCUGAUCCUGAUAGGCAGAUAUGUGGCUCGACACAAGGGAGAGUACUUGACGCAGGAAGACAAAGGAGCCGAGAGUGCCAUGGACCCGGACAGCGCUGUUGUACAUUCAGCCACCGGACAUCAGGUGCAGAAGAGAAGAGAAUGGUUCAUUUGAUAACCACGAUCGCUAGCCUACUCAACACUGCGUUCCUUGUUGAAACGUCAACAUUUUAUUUUUAUACGCAAUAACUGGUGUUUGUUCUAUGCUAGUGCUAUGUUGGUGUAAGUGUGACAGUAUUGAAUGAUCUGUGCAGUCUUUCAGACUAUUUCGUUGAAUAUUCGGUAGGGAGAGAUCUUUUGAAAGUAAUAUUGCCAUUGGCAGCUAGGAUCAUUUGUAGUAAUUUUAUUUAUUUGACUACGUAAUUUUAACAAUUUUAACUUUAUGUUAUGUUCCGUCUAUUGAGUCUAGAACCUAUAGGUAAUUUGUCCUCCUCGAAUUUUACUGGUUGUGUUAUAUUUUAUUUUUGACAAAAAGUCAUUUAAUACAUGCAACUUUUAUUUUCAAAAUAUUUAUUAUUUUAGUUUUAAAACAGGAAUUAUUUAUUUAUGAUUCUAAGAGUAGUAAGAUGAGUGGUAAAAUACGUUUUAAUGUCUUCUUUCUCCAGUUAAUAGUUUUUUAUCCCUGUAUAUAAACACUCGUUAUAAAUUUCAUCAAUUUUACUGGUUUAUUCCUACUAGUUUUUUUUCUAACCUCUUUAAAACCCCGUUCACACGGGGCGAGUUUACAAGCUACACGCCGGCUUUUUUACACGCAGCUAGUAAAAUAGCUCAGUGUGAACGACGUACUCGCUCAAAAGCUGCUUGUAAAAAAGCUCUGGAAAAAGUUGACGCUGCCGCUACUUUACACGCCAACUCGCCAGCUUUUGAGCGAGUGGGCGUGUAAAGUAGCCCAGUGUGGACACAGUUGCUUGUGCUUGUGCGCUUGUUACUCAAAGAUGUUGGAGGAUUUGGUUCAAGCCAGCUACUCAGCGAGUGGAAAAAGCAUUGUGUGAACGACUACAAGCGCACUCGCCGGCGUCUUUCUACACGUCUGCGAGUUGGCAAGUGGACAAGCUCCGUGUGAACGAAUACAAGCACACUCGCCAACUCGCCGGCUUCUUACACGCUGGCGUGUAGCUUGUAAACUCGCCCCGUGUGAACGGGCCUUAAAACCUUUUAAAUAAUGGCACAUAAUCUCAUAUCUUAAAUUGCUUGGACAAAUUUGUACUGUGAUUCUUUUCUGUAUUUUUACUGAAAGGUUGCACAGUUGAAAGAUCAGAUGAACUUUUUUGUCUUCCUUGAAUAAUUUGUUAACGUUUCAAAAUGGAACUUACCUCAAGCUUCCGUUACAAAGCUGGCCUUCGACAUGACUGAACUUCUGCUACCAAAGUUGAUAAGUCAAGAAUUCACUACUUCCCCAGCGUAGAGAGUUAAAAAUAGAAAUAGAAAAAUCUCCACUAGUAAACUAGAAAAUUAAAUUUAUCACACUCACAUUUAAAAAAUACCGAUUUGAAUCUCAGUUAUUUCAGAACACAUCACUAUGGUUCCCUCAAAGAAUUUAACUUUUUCAGGUACUUAGUUAUGUACUCGAUCAAUUUACAAUUUCAAAGUGAUUUUAUGUAUUAUGUUCGUAUGCGUUAAAAAAAUAGUUUAUUUUAUUUUGUUAUUAGAUUUAUUUUAUUCUAUUACUAGGUAUUGAAAAUACCCUUGAUAUUUAUAACUUAAGAUCUUAAAAUUGAUAUUUUAAGCACAUAAUUGCGCUUUCAUACACUGUAAAUCUUACUAGUUGAUAGGCAUACCGAUGUAUAUACAAUUUAAACAAUUUCUAUGUUAUCAUUCCACUCUAAUAAUUUAGUUGUCUUAAUUUACUUAAUAUUGAUCCAACAGCACCAGGGUUAGUCGAUAUCAUGGUUAAAAUAAACCAAACUAGUACUUUCCUGUUCUCGUAAAAUACUGUCAAUUUUGGAAAUCUACUUUGUACAAUUUUGUAUUUAGAACUUGAGUUUUGCAUUUUUAUACACUUGAGAGAUUUGUACAAGGUUAGUUGAGCUGUCGGUCAAAUCUGUUUACAAACGUGAAUUUGUAUACCUUUUUCUUAGCACUUACUUUAGUUAGGUUAAUUUUUAGAUUAUUGACUUGCGGCUGCAAUAAUAUAACAAUGUAACAGUAUUGAUCAAAACGUCCAUUUUUAUUUUUACAUGUGCAUGUGAAUUUUUAUAUAUUUUAUGUACAUUUGUUGUUUUUAAUUAUGUAUAUUUUCGUACUUUGUAGUAUUGAUUUGCAUUCUAGCUGAGUUUUAACAGUUUAUUUAUUGAUCAAGCAAUAUGUUCUCGUGUUUUGUUGUACUAAAUUUAUUUUGUGCGUCACAAUGCGAGAUGGAAGCAAGUUUGUCUAGGAUGGUGUUGACUUUUGUACAAUAAACAAUGUUGAAG